AGGCCCGUGCAUUCCAGAAAGCCUAGCGAGCUAGAGCAACAAAGGAACCGGGCAGUCGGCGGGGGCAGUCGGGGGCUGCGGCGCGCUCUGGCGAAGGUGGCCGCCGGGCCCCGGGCUGGCGCGGGGGCGGCGCCGGGAACUUAGUCCCGGACCCAGGGCCCACGCCUGGCCUCCAACGCGGGGCCCGGAGCUGGUUUUUAAUGGUGGAAGAGGGGAUGGGGCUGCAGAUUUGGGGCCCCGGGAGCUCCCAGGGCUGAAGACAACUUGGAUUGCCAGGGAAAGGGGUAGGGAGCAGUGCAUCCCCGCCCGGGCCUCCGCCGCCUAAACAUGGGCCCCAGGUUCCAAAGUUUUCGAAGUUGGGCGCCGAGGGCUCGCGGCGCGCGGAGCACCCGGGGGAGCCCAGCACAGGGCUCGCGGGACGCGCAGGUCGUCUGAGUCGCCUCCGCAGCCCCAAGGGUUGCGCGUGGGCCCAGGGGGCUCCGGGGAGCGGGCGGGGGGCGCCGGGGCUUCUGCUGAGUUGGCGGGUUUGGCCAUGGCCGCUGCCCGGCUUGCAUGGGGCCCGGAGCUCUUGUCUCUGGGGUUGCUGCUGCUGCUGCUGGGGGGCCCGGGCCGGGGUAUGGCCUUGAGCGGGAACGCGACCGGGCCUGGGCCGCGGAACACGGGCGGGAGCGCCCGGAGGAGCGCGGCGGUGACCGGCCCUCCGCCGCUGCUGAGCCAUUGCGGUCGUGCUGCCGCCUGCGAGCCGCUGCGCUACAACGUGUGCCUGGGCUCGGCGCUGCCCUACGAGGCCACCUCCACGCUGCUGGCCGGGGACUCGGAGUCCCAGGAGGAAGCGCACGGCAAGCUCGUGCUCUGGUCCGGCCUCCGGAACGCCCCCCGGUGCUGGGCAGUGAUCCAGCCCCUGCUGUGUGCUGUGUACAUGCCCAAGUGUGAGAACGACCGGGUGGAGCUGCCCAGCCGCACCCUCUGCCAAGCCACCCGAGGCCCUUGUGCCAUCGUGGAGAGGGAGCGGGGCUGGCCCGAAUUCCUGCGCUGCACCCCUGACCACUUCCCGGAGGGCUGCCCGAAUGAGGUGCAGAACAUCAAGUUCAACAGCUCGGGCCAGUGUGAGGCUCCCUUGGUUCGGACCGACAACCCCAAGAGCUGGUACGAAGACGUGGAGGGCUGCGGGAUCCAGUGCCAGAACCCGCUCUUCACCGAGGCGGAGCACCGGGACAUGCACAGCUACAUCGCGGCCUUCGGCGCGGUCACGGGGCUGUGCACGCUCUUCACCCUGGCCACUUUCGUGGCUGACUGGCGCAAUUCCAACCGCUACCCCGCGGUUAUUCUCUUCUACGUCAACGCGUGUUUCUUUGUGGGCAGCAUUGGCUGGCUGGCCCAGUUCAUGGACGGCGCCCGCCGCGAGAUCGUCUGCCGUGCGGAUGGCACCAUGAGGCUUGGGGAGCCCACCUCCAACGAGACCCUGUCCUGUGUCAUCAUCUUCGUCAUUGUAUACUACGCCCUGAUGGCUGGUGUCGUCUGGUUUGUGGUCCUCACCUACGCCUGGCACACCUCCUUCAAAGCCCUGGGCACUACCUACCAGCCGCUCUCCGGCAAGACCUCCUACUUCCACCUGCUCACCUGGUCACUCCCUUUUGUCCUCACUGUGGCCAUCCUCGCUGUGGCCCAGGUGGACGGGGACUCCGUGAGCGGCAUCUGUUUUGUGGGCUACAAGAACUACCGAUACCGCGCUGGCUUCGUGCUGGCCCCGAUUGGCCUGGUGCUCAUUGUGGGCGGUUACUUCCUCAUCCGCGGAGUCAUGACUCUGUUCUCCAUCAAGAGCAACCACCCUGGGCUAUUGAGCGAGAAGGCUGCCAGCAAGAUCAACGAGACCAUGCUGCGCCUGGGCAUUUUUGGCUUCCUGGCCUUUGGCUUUGUCCUCAUCACCUUCAGCUGCCACUUCUACGACUUCUUCAACCAGGCUGAGUGGGAGCGAAGCUUCCGGGACUACGUGCUGUGCCAGGCCAAUGUCACCAUCGGGCUGCCCACCAAGAAGCCCAUCCCUGACUGUGAGAUCAAGAACCGCCCUAGCCUCUUGGUGGAGAAGAUCAAUCUGUUUGCCAUGUUUGGAACUGGCAUCGCCAUGAGCACCUGGGUCUGGACCAAGGCCACGCUGCUCAUCUGGAGACGCACCUGGUGCAGGUUGACGGGACAGAGUGAUGAUGAGCCCAAACGCAUCAAGAAGAGCAAGAUGAUCGCCAAGGCCUUCUCCAAGCGGCGCGAGCUGCUGCAGAACCCAGGCCAGGAGCUCUCCUUCAGCAUGCACACCGUGUCCCACGACGGGCCUGUGGCGGGUUUGGCCUUCGACCUCAAUGAGCCCUCCGCUGAUGUGUCCUCUGCCUGGGCCCAGCACGUCACCAAGAUGGUGGCUCGGAGAGGAGCCAUACUGCCCCAGGAUGUGUCUGUCACCCCUGUGGCAACCCCAGUGCCCCCAGAGGAAAAAGCCAACCUGUGGCUGGUUGAGGCAGAGAUCUCCCCAGAGCUGGAGAAGCGCCUGGGCCGUAAGAAGAAGCGGAGGAAGAGGAAGAAGGAGGUGUGCCCGCUGGUGCCACCCCCAGAGCUUCACCACCCCGCCCCGGCCUCCGCCUCCAGUGCUGUUCCCAGGCUGCCGCAGCUGCCCCGCCAGAAGUGCCUGGUGGCUGCAGGUGCCUGGGGUGCUGGGGACUCCUGCCGACAGAGAGCCUGGACCCUGGUCUCCAACCCCUUCUGCCCAGAGCCCAGUCCCCUGCAGGACCCAUUUCUACCCGGCGGCCCAGCCCCCAUGGCCUGGGCUCAGGGCCGCCGGCAGGGCCUGGGGCCCAUUCACUCCCGCACCAACCUGAUGGAGGCAGAGCUCAUGGAUGCGGACUCAGACUUCUGAGCCAGGAGACCAGGACCUGGGACAGUAAAUAGCAACAAAGAACAUUCUGAGGCUCCUCUUCCUCCCUAAGAGUCCUUCCCCAGGGUUUCUUCUUCCAGAGAACCUGAGGGCUGGUGCCCUCCCAGGAGGGUUCUCUAGGUCUGGCUCGUGGUAGAACUGUGGGGAAGAGCCCCAGUAGAACCGUGGGUGGGCCUUGCCCAGGGAACAGCGCUGAGCUCCAGGGCCCCGGUUUCCACCCCACCAGCCGGAGUCUAACUGGCAGCCCCAGUCUGCAGCAAUGUCACAGGGUGUGCAGAGUCUCUGGUGGCGCAGUAAUGGCAGAGGUAGGAGCAACAGUACCCGGAGUGGGCCGUGGCGGCCAGGAGGCAGCCAAACCCAUGUCUGGCAAAUAAGGGCUGCCCUUCUCUGUACUAACGGGUGCCCUUUCCUGGCACCCUCAGACCAAAAAUGUUUAUUGUGUCAUUAGGCCUUUGUCUACUUGGGAACAAGGCUCCCUUCUCCUUCUUUCAGGCAGUUGUGGGGCUGGGUGCAUAUUCCCAUAGGGGCUGUAACCUCUCCUCCCAGAUGUCCAGCCGGCCCCACCCCAGGCCAACAACCCAGCCCAUGUCCUCCCGCACCCUCCUGCCCUCCCUCCCUUUCCCAUUUCAGUUCAACCAAGCCAACCUCCUCCUGUUUCCUGGUUGUUGGUUAGGACCCAGAAGUGCAGCCUUCAUCCCAUGCUCAUCCCCUACCUGUGUUGCUGGGCUCCAUCUCCAAGCAGGAGAUCGGUGCAGCUACAGAGCCCGGCGUGGUGUAGAGGCAGUGAGUGGCAGGAGCCUCGUUAUCUCUCCCUGUACCCACCCAGUGGGGGAUGGAUCCCCUGACUUAAAGGGCUACCCUGGGAAGCUGCUGGGGCUUCAGGCAGGCAAGGAAAGCUUCCUUCAAAUUCCGCAACUACUGGAGGAAGAGAUUUCCAACCUCUUGAAGGCCCCUUCCAUGUGUCCAAGGCCCCGGCUUCAAGAACCAGGCAGCGGUUAGCCCGAGGAGCUGACUGGGUUCCAGAGGGGAGACAGGGCUGGGGAGAAGAAAUAUAAACAGUAAA